GUGAAAUACAUUUAAAGCACACUAUAAGAAUACAUCAAUAUAUCGUGAAGUUAAUCUCUAUGAAGAUUUCUCUCUUCGAUCACAAUCACCAUGCCUUCAGGUAAUAUUGAACGACCGCUUCGGAUCUCUAUUGACCGAGGCGGAACUUUCACCGAUUGUGUAUGCAAAGUUGCUGGUCAGGAUGAUAUUGUUGUCAAAAUCCUCUCUGUAGACACAAAGAACUACCCAGAUGCACCUACAGAAGCCAUUCGGCGAGUUCUUGAGAAAUACUAUAAUAAAUCAAUACCUCGAGGUACUGAGUUGGACCUCAAAGAUGUGGAAUGGAUCCGAAUGGGAACAACAGUUGCUACCAAUGCUUUGCUAGAGCGAAAGGGUGAGCGAACAGCAUUUUUGGUAACGGCAGGUUUCAAAGAUAUUCUUCAGAUUGGAAAUCAAUCUAGACCGUAUAUGUUUGAUCUUUCUAUUCGACGGCCACAACCACUUUAUUCAGAUGUGUUCGAGGUAAACGAACGAGUUGUUCUUGGACAUUGCAGUGAUUCACAACUUAGAAAUAUGAGUCUCCAAUAUCCUGAGCCGGUACAGACCGUCGUGGGUGUUUCCGGUGAAAAGGUACAGAUCAUCAAACCGCUAGAUGUGCAAAGCACUAGGGCGUAUCUUCAGCGGAUCUAUGCGGCAGGAUUCCGGUCGAUUGCUGUCGGCUUCAUGCAUUCGUACAUCUUCCCCACACAUGAAGUCAUGGUCCACGAUCUGGCAAAGGAGAUUGGUUUCGAGCAUAUAUCGUUGUCACAUCGGGUAUCACAACGGUCCAAGAUUGUUCCAAGAGGCAACUCAGCUGUUAUCGACAGCUAUCUCACUCCGGAAAUCGAAAACUAUUUGUCUCGGUUUAGUGCCAGCUUUCCAACCAUUGACCAGGGCUAUACCAGGCUAGAAUUCAUGCAGUCAGAUGGCGGUCUGGUAACCGCGUCUGAGCUAUCCGGAUUGCAUGCCAUUCUUUCGGGGCCUGCUGGUGGAGUCGUUGGCUAUGCUCGAACCUCGUAUAAUCCAGAGACAAAAACUCCCAUUAUCGGGUUUGAUAUGGGAGGAACAAGUACAGAUGUUUCUAGAUAUGAUGGUCAGUUUGAUCAAAUAUUUGAGACUUCAACGGCUGGGAUACCCAUUCAAGCACCCCAGUUAAAUAUAAACACCAUAGCUGCCGGUGGUGGAAGUAUUCUAGCUUGGCGAGACUCCAUGAUGGCUGUUGGUCCAGAAAGUGCCUCUUCGCACCCUGGUCCUGCAUGUUACAGGAAAGGGGGGCCUUUGACGGUCACAGAUGCAAACUUAGCCCUGGGAAGACUGAUUCCGGAGCAUUUUCCCUCGGUUUUUGGACCUAAUGAGGAUGAGCCUCUGGACCGAGAUAUUGUACUUAACAAAUUCCAGGAACUGACUGAAGUUAUCAACCGGGACAGUGGCAAGUCAUUGACUUGGGCUGAGGUAGCAGACGGCUUUCUCCAGGUCGCAAACUCUGCAAUGUGCGGCCCAAUUCGGAGCCUAACAGAAGGUAGAGGGCAUGAAGCUUCUAAACACAACCUCGCCUCUUUCGGAGGUGCUGGCGGACAGCAUGCAUGUGCUAUCGCUGAGAUUCUCGGGAUUCGACAGGUUCUCAUUCACAAAUACUCAUCGAUUCUGUCUGCUUAUGGUAUUGGAUUAGCCGACGUCGUAUACGAGGAAGAGAGGCCAUGUGCCAAAGUCUUUGACGAUUCGACCAAGGACAUCAUCUUUGCUGAUUUAGAUGCCCUAUCACAAACCACACAGAGUCAUCAUACGAUGAGUCGAUUCUCUCAGAUCGAUGAUGACCGAUUCUUGUUUAUGCGUUAUGAAGGCAGUGAGACAGCAAUGAUGAUCCCCGUCACCGAAGGUGUCGAUACGAAGCAAGCUUUUAUUGAUGCUCAUCAUCAGCAGUUUAGUUUUACGCCAGUCAAUCGAAAGAUCUUUGUCGAUAACAUUCGAGUCCGGGCCGUUGGUAAAAACUUUUUCGAAACCAGUUCUUUGCCGUUUUCUUCGGAAACUGUCCCUAAAGUCAGCGCAAAUGUUUCUGCUUUAAAGCCUCAUUCAACCGGGCCUGUCUACUUCAAAUCUCUCGGCUGGGUCGACGCUCCUGUUCACCUUUUGAGCUCUCUUCCAUUGGGCCAAACUAUUGCUGGUCCAGCUCUGAUCGUCGACAAUACGCAGACUAUCAUCAUCAACCCUAAAUGCUCAGCGACUGCCACCAAAGACCUAUUGGUGUUAGAUAUUGGUUCAGAGAAGAAAUCAGUCAGUGCCACUGACCUGGAUCCAGUGCAACUCUCCGUAUUCCGUCAUCGAUUCUAUGGGAUCGCAGAACAGAUGGGACGAGUACUUCAAAAUGUUAGUGUGAGCGCAAAUAUCAAAGAAAGACUUGAUUUUAGUUGCGCUAUUUUUUCGCCGGAUGGCUCCUUGGUAGCUAAUGCUCCCCAUGUUCCUGCCAUGAUUGGUAGUAUGGGCUUUGCGGUUAAAUCACAAAUCCAGAAAUGGAAUGGGAAGCUUAAGGAUGGCGAUGCCUUGCUCUCCAAUUCACCAGCCUACGGAGGUGUUCACCUGCCAGAUUUGACAGUUAUCACUCCAGUUUUUGACGCCGAAGGGAAAGAAAUCAUCUUUUGGACGGCCUCACGCGGUCAUCACGCAGAUGUUGGUGGAAUCCUUCCCGGAUCUAUGCCACCUUCCUCCAAGCGCCUGUGGGAAGAAGGUGCCGUAUUUGACUCAUUCCUUCUGGUUCGAGAUGGCAAAUUCGCAGACGAUGAACUCAAGAGAAUUCUUUGCGACGAACCCACCAAGUAUCCUGGUUCGAGUGGCUCUCGGUGCUUUCAGGACAAUGUGACCGAUAUCAAGGCUCAGGCUGCAGCAAAUCACUGUGGUAUCCGGCUGGUUCGACAGCUGAUCAAAGAAUAUACUAUGGACGUAGUACAGAUGUACAUGGGAGCGAUCCAAGAUGCAGCGGAGCUUGCAACCCGCAACCUGUUCAAAAAGCUUGUGAAGAAAUUCCAAGGCAGUGAAAUCUCUGCCGUGGAUUACAUGGACGAUGGCACACCUAUACAAUUAAAGGUUACUAUCAAUGAAGAAGAUGGUUCUGCCGUGUUUGACUUUACAGGAACCGGUCCAGAGGUCUAUGGGAAUUGGAAUGCCCCCGUGGCUAUCUGUAAUUCAGCAGUGAUAUUUGCCUUGCGAUGCAUGGUUGAUUCCGACAUCCCACUUAACCACGGCUGUAUCAAGCCCAUCACGCUUAUCAUCCCCGAACAGUCGCUUCUCAAGCCGAGCCUCGAGGCCGCCGUCUGCGCUGGUAACGUGUUGACAUCACAACGAAUCGUCGAUGUGAUUUUCAAGGCAUUUCGGGUCUGCGCCGCAAGUCAAGGGUGCAUGAACAAUUUCACAUUUGGUGUGGAUGGUAAGAAUGGCUUUGGAUAUUACGAAACCAUUGCCGGUGGUAGUGGCGCAGGUCCCAGUUGGAAUGGAACGAGCGGAGUCCACACAAAUAUGACCAACACACGCAUUACUGACCCAGAAUCCCUGGAGCGACGAUACCCCGUUGUUCUGCGUCAAUUCUCCUUUCGGCCUGGCAGUGGUGGAGAAGGGCAGUACAACGGUGGUGAUGGUGUAAUUCGUGAUGUGGAAUUCCGUAUUCCCAUGUCCGCUUCUAUUUUGUCGGAACGCCGCACAUUCGCGCCGUACGGAAUGGAAUGCGGCUCCGAUGGCCAGCGGGGAAGAAAUAUCUGGAUUGGAAAGAAAUCAAAGUUGAAGAUAUCUAUUGGAGGGAAGAAUACGAUCAAUGUCGAGCCUGGAGACCGCAUAGUUAUUGAGACACCGGGUGGUGGUGGAUACGGGGAGAAGAACGAUGAUGCAGGGCGACCAAACAAUGUCGAUAUUUCCAAGUUAAAGUCUUCAUUUAUCCCAGUUGCUAAUGGCAGUGUUGCAGAAUCCACCGCUCUUGCGGAGCAAGUAUGAGGAAGAUAGACUUUGAAAGGCUCUUCAGAGUUUGUACAAUAGCGGGACUACUAUGAUAACAUUGAAUACUAAAUGAAAUUUGGAUAGGUAACAGGCCCUUGGCGACG